GGAGCGGCGCGCGGCGCGCGACGCGAAGCCGCGCGAGACGUGAGACGUGAGACUCUGAGACCUCAUUCGCGAAACUUCAGUUCGCGUACGGCCGCUGCGGUGAGAGGACGUGUUUUCGGCGCGCGCGUCCGUGGGAAAGAGAGAGAGAAAGAGAUUCGUCCCUUGGUCCAUCCCGCCGUGUCGCCUGCUCGUUCUCCCCAUCUAGCCUUGAUUUGCCCGCGCGAAUGUCAGAUGAUCGCCAGUCAUGAUCUCCACUGUGACGCGAUACCUCCUGCCAAGCAUUCUCUUAUCAUGCACCCUCGUGGUCACGGCGUACGCCAGGUCCUGGGACUUGGCCGUGGUGAUCGGCAGCGAAAUCGACUUUUUCGCGCGGAACGGUACGCUCACGGGUCACGCUAACAUCGCAGAAGCCGUCGCCCUGACCGGGGUAACAUAUGACGAUACCACUCGAACAAUGUAUUUAUCCGAUGUAAGAAACAACGUAUCCAUAUUUAGUAACGAUCUCACGGAGAAGGAUUUCAAUUCAAUCCCCUUGCUUAAGAAAGAGAACGGAAUGCACAUUACGGGGAUGGUUUUCGACACCCCGUCGCGCAUUUUAUUCUGGAUCGAUGCCUUGAAGGAGAUCAUAGCAAAGAUGCACGUGCCGUUAGACGGCGAACCGAGUAAUCCUGUCAUUUUGCACAAUCUCACUGGGAACAGUCCACGUGGCAUCGCUCUCGACGUGUGUAACAGCCGCAUAUAUUGGGUGAAUAGUAAUACCACGAACCCCAGUAUCGAGCGUUCUAAUCUCGACGGAAACGAUCGGACAAUCGUCGUCAAGGAAAACUUGUACGAGCCUCUGGCGGUAGCAAUCGACCACGCGGAGCGGAAGUUAUAUUGGAUCGAUGAUGUUGAAGGGAUUCAUUUCAAGAUCGAGCGUAGCAACUUAGACGGCAGCGAGCGGGAGUUGCUGAUCCACAACAAACAUCAGCAGCCGGUCUAUCUGGCGGUGGACAACGAGUCGAUAUAUUGGUCCGAUUGGGUGUACAGCGCGGUCUGGACCAUGCCGAAGAACGCUAAAGCCGGAGAUUACCCAACCAAGUUCAAAUCGUACUACGAUUCUAGAAGGGAUGCCGAUCCGGCCGGCAUCGUUACGCGCGACAAUGUCGGCAAAAUCGAUUGCGCGACCAUCUUAUCGAUGAUUGAGAAGAAGACGAACUUGUCGGGGUCCGUUCCACGGCCGUUAGCCGAGACAUUUAAUAAUUUAACUACCAGCACGGAGGAAUCGGAUUUGACCACCGAGAGCUUCAGAUACUGCCUAAACGACGGCCAUCUGAACAAAACAGACGGCACGUGCCGAUGCAAACCAGGGUUUACCGGACCCUUUUGUGAAAUUUCGAUUUGUCAUAAUUACUGCCUUCAUGGUAAAUGCAUUAUAAAUCAUCGCGGACUUCCCGAGUGCGAAUGUACAGAGACGUUUAGCGGCGCCCGAUGUGAAAGGGAUGUUUGCGACGAUUACUGCCUAUUCGACGGCAAGUGUUCCGUCCAAAAUGGAAGGCCGUUCUGUAGCUGUAAAUAUUCCAAAGGAUCUCGAUGCGAAGAGCCGAAUAACAUCGCGGAGGUCUGUACGAUCUAUUGUGCGAGCAACCGCAGCGAACCACCCAGCGCCAGUGUAAUAUUGUGCAGGUGCAUGGACUCGAAUCAAACGGCCGAGAGAAUUACGUUUAGUGACAAUUUCCAAAGCAGCAUCUUGCUACCGAUGUUUGCAGCCCUUUCUGCUGUGUUUCUUGUAGUGAUCGCCGGACUUAGUUACUACGUAAAUAAAUUACAAAGACGACCGCGUAUCAAGAGGCACUAUGUGGUCAGUAAAGGCGUGAUGCCGCUCACAUCUCGACCACAAAUACCGGACAAUCAAUGUGAAAUUACCAUAGAAAAUUGCUGCAAUAUGAAUAUCUGCGAAACUCCGUGUUUCGAACCGAAAUUACGAACCGGGGUGCCAAGAAGCAAUAGUACCAAAAAAGAAGAGAAGAAUUCCUUGUUGGAUAAUAUGGAGGGUAAUUCGUGCUAGCACAGACUACUCAUCUCGUCUCGUCGUAUGAAAUGGCGAAAAUUCUGCACGAGUUCUGCCUCGCGACGGAAAUAUUCUCGGAAUUGUUCCAUGUCUGUACAUACUGCGGCGGCGAAUUUUAGUAUUGUUGUUAAGUUUGGAAACAUCCGUGUUUACGGGAUAUGCGCUGUGUUGGCAAUUGAUUUUGCUCCAUCUUGGAAAAUGAAGCCAAAGGUCUUUUUAGAAAGUCCUAAUUCUUAGUACGUCAUACACAUUAGGGCUGUGUUUUAGAAACAUUUUCUCGCUUAGUAGUCGUUAAACUCAUCAUUUAAUCUUGUUAGACGCUUAUUCUAGGAGAUAAACGCAAAUUGGUUUUAUGUUUCAUUAAAUCUGCCAAACGCAAACGCUCGUGACUGCAUACAAGCAACACUGAAAUUUCAGAUAAAGACGCGUGGUAUAUAUCUAUGGAGAUAUUCAUAAUGGGAAAGAUUUUAAUAAUAAUAUUAUAUUAUUAGCUAUAUUCGAUAUAAUUUCUCCAUUAUUAAAAUCUACAUAAUAUAUAUAACGAUAGCAUAAUCGAAUAUAUUUUUAAAACGGUGUUGCAAACGGUUUUAAGUAACAAAUUUCAAUAAUGAGAUACAUAAUGAGUGACGAUAUAUGUACAUAGACUUUUAACAAAACAUACAGUCUCAUGAAACUGUAUUUGCUAAGUGAAAAGAAAGGCACACAUAUUCUUUAUUCGAGAAAGUAAAAAAUAACAUGUAUGCAAUACCUAAGAAUCUUCUUUCAUAAUACAUCAAUAGAUGCCUGCCAGACCUGCCAAACAAUAUAACUCAGGCUCUCUAAUAUGAAAAGUUCCCUAAAGCACUUUUCUAUAUUUUCACAUUUUAUUCUGUUCAUUUCACUUUUAUAUUAUCAAGACUCAAGUAUCGAGCUGAAACAAAUUGAAAAGAGAAAGAAAGUGUAAGGAAAAAGUAGUUAUCGCAGUCACGGAGUGCGCAAAAGUUGCCUUAAGCGGUAAUUCUAAUCGUUGCUCAAAGUACUAUUGAGUACAUUCCUGAAGAAAAUUUAGAUCGCGAUGUAGUGUCACAGAUAUAAGUAGUUGUCUUAUAACAUUUUCUGACUGAACCAUCCGUCAACGGGCUUUAUACACAAGUACGUUUAUGUAAUGGAACUAUAUCAUUAAUUUAAUCAUGAAAUCAAAACGCAAUUUGAUGUAAAUUUAUCGUCAUUCUUGGUCUGAUUUGGCGCACAUUCAUGGUAAUAUGAUCGCGUGCGAAGACUUUUAUAUUUUAAGAUCAAGCUUCUAAUUCCAUUCUUAAUUAACGAAUUCUCAUUUCGUUCAUAAUUUCGUAAUCAUAUUUUAUCAUUUUUUUCUCAUACUGUGAGUACAAUACAUGCAUAUAAAUCGAAUUGGAUCGUGCUUUUACGCACCGAAAUAUCUUCAAUGUGUGUGAAUCCAUACUAUGAUCGAACAUUAAUGAUUUUAAUCUUACUCGGGGAUCGUUAUCACUAACAUUCAUAAUAGUGAUAUGUAAAUUUAUAUCGCAUGUCUCUAGGCAACUAAAUACAUAAUAUAUGUAUACAUAUGCUACAAUAUGAGAUGUAUACUGUAAUAUGAGAUAAAAUAGGAAAACGUUCAGAGUUAUAUACAACGGAUACGCGAAUGAUCCUCACUGUUAAAUACCGAAAUAUCUCCCAGUGAUACAUUACACUGCAGUUCUAUACAUACUAUGCAAGAAAUUUCCGAUGUAUUUAUAUACAUCAAUAAUGUCCGUGAUCUCGGUUCAUUUAUUUGUGAGGAUCGUCAGUUUUUAUAUAGAAUAUCGUUUGAAGAUACCUGUGACGUUUAGUACAGAACAAUACUCCAUUUACUUAACUUCAAAAACUUUUGUUCUGUGCAUCCAUAUGUGGAAUGCGAAGCCAACUUUUAAGUCUUCUUCUUUUUUCUUCCAAUUUUUUAUUUCAUCGCAAAAAAGUGCAUGAAAUUACUCUUUGAUUUUCUUUUAUCCGAUUAUGAUAGUGCGCAUAUAAAUGAUAGUGAGUAUACUUGUACAUUAAAAACUAUAUUUUAUUUUUGUUGUUCUGUUCGUAAGAAAGAUGAUCCUAAGUUUUAUUUUUAAAAUCCGAGGAAAUCACAUAAUGCAAUUAAUAGUUACUUAAAAUUACUUAAAGCGUAUAAUUUUUACGCACACCAAAGUUGUUUUUUUUUUAAUAGUAAUAACAAGAGUACAAUUAUUGGUUUGCAAGAAUUGUCACAUCGAGUUAAGCUAUAUUUAGACGUUUUAUACAGUUAAGACAUUAUAUGGAAGCAUUAUAUGUAGAAAAAAACCUACUGUUUAAUUCUAAUCAUGUCAUAAAGCGGCAAACCAACGUGUUGUUCAUUAAUUAUUUGUUUAUAGAAAUUACGUUAUUCUUUAUGAUACGGAAUAAUGUUCCUGUCGUCGUGACAACACAAAUUAUUUGCAAUACAUGACGAUACUUUUUGUUCCUGUAUACGAUAGAUGCUACUUAAAUUGUCACAUUUGCUUUUUAAAUCUAAUAUAUAAUUUUAUACGAAAGAUUUGCGACAUUUGCUCCCGACUAUUAAUAUAUAUAUAUAUGUACCCAUAUUGUUUGGAAAAUAGCCCUCUCCCGCACACUCAUCCCCAGAGACGAGAUAGUGGAUUUAUGGUGAAAGGGUUAUAUUCCUGAAAAAAAAUAAAGCCAUAAUAUGAUGCACGGUAUGCAAUAUGUUUUUAUUAUUAUUUGUAUGAUGUUGUAAAUCAGAAUUAUAAACUUUUCUCACACAUACAUCUAAUAAUUUUUUCAAAUUAAUAGAAUUUUUUUUUACUUUGAAAUUCGAGAAUUUUCUGUAUUUAUCUUAAAUGUAUGUACUUAAACUUUAGGUAUGCUAAAUUGUACUUAAAUUGCAUAAUCAAAUAAUUAGAUACUUUAAAAUUAUUAAAUAUGAUUUCAAAAACGCAACAUAUUACAUACAUUGCAUCUCUUUACAAUGGUUAUAACGCUGGUUGCUAUUGUAUACAGAUAAAAAUGGAAAUAAAAUGGAUUAUCUCUUA